UGCCACACUAGCGUGGUCGGUGGGGGAAGGUGCCGAUGUUUGUAUUUCUGACUGAAGCUCUCAUUUUAAGUGGCAUUUCACGGGGAGAUAUCUAGCUAUGGCAGGCGUACAACCGCAGGACGACCUGCUGAAGAUGACACACCGCGAGAGCUGGAGAAUGCAGCAUGAGCGCCUGCACGUGAAGCACCGUGGUCAUGAGGCCAUGCACGCCGAGAUGGUUCUGAUCCUUGUCGCCACGCUGGUGGUGGCCCAGAUCGUUCUCGUGCAGUGGAAGCAACGCCAUCAUCGCUCAUACAACCUGGUGACUCUGGUCCAGAUGUGGGUUGUUCCACUCUACUUCACAAUUAAGCUCUACUGGUGGAGGUUCCUGUCCAUGUGGGGAAUGUUUUCUGUCAUCACAAGCUACGUCAUCUUCAGGGCCACUCGUAAGCCCCUGGCCUGCAAGACACCUAGGAUGGUGUACAAGUGGUUUCUCUUGAUCUACAAGCUGAGCUAUGCUGUGGGCGUCCUGGGCUACCUGGCCAUCAUGUUCACAAUGUUUGGUUUCAACGUCUUCUUCAGGAUAAAGGCAGAAGAUUCCAUGGAUGUUGGGGUGAUCAUGUUGUUCUACGGGCUUUAUUAUGGCGUCAUGGGCCGGGACUUUGCAGAAAUAUGCUCAGACUACAUGGCCUCCACCAUUGGGUAUUACAAUAAAGGAGGGAUGCCCAGCAGGAGCCUGACCAAUGACAUCUGCGCAGUGUGUGGUCAGAGGAUCCUGGUGGAUGUGGAGGAGGAAGGCUUUAUAGAGGACACGUACCAGCUCUCCUGCGGACACUUAUUCCAUGAGUUCUGCAUUAGGGGCUGGUGCAUUGUGGGUAAGAAGCAGACGUGUCCAUACUGUAACGAAAAAGUGGACUUGAAAAGGUUGAUGAACAACCCGUGGGAGAAGACGCACGUGCUGUACGGACAGCUGCUCGACUGGCUUCGCUACCUUGUUGCCUGGCAGCCCAUCAUCAUUGGUAUCGUCCAUGGCAUUAAUUUCUCUCUGGGGCUGGAGUAGUGUUUACAGGGAAGAACUUAAACUCACACGGUGCCCGGAAGUCAAGCUCCCUGGCAAAAGCUUUGGUGCUCUGAGGAACCAAGUCAGGCUGCGUCAGAGGAAUGCUCGGGGAAAAAACCCCGAACUCGGCGAGCAUCUGAAGUGGUCCAAACCCGAACACGUGCGUUGCAUUGUUUGUGCGACAAAUAAUUUACAUAUAGUAUUUAUGUGGGAAGCCGCUGCUUUACUUCAACCUUGUUGCACACGGAGGGUCUGCGCAAUAACAGAAAAAUGUUUAUUUAAGAUGCAACUAUUUGUGUUUUGUACAUGUGAAACUUUAAUUCAGCCAAGAAUGUCAACUUUACUGUGAGAAUAUUUGCUUUUUUACUGCAACUGUUAGUUUACCAACCAAAAAGUCACAACUGAAUAGAUAUGUCAUAAAUAUAAAAUAACCAACGCAAGUUCACAUGACGAUAAGAUCAUUAUUUUAAAUAAUUUGUUUCAUGUUUCUUUGAAACGUUGCUUUCUCCAUUCUGUUUUGAAAUUAUACUUUACUGUACUGCUGCUUAUACGUGCUCACAUAUCAGUAAAUAGCUAGAACAGUGCUUCUGGACUAUGUUUUAGGUUUGUUUUAUUUUUCUAUUUAAAGAUUCUGAACUAAAUCAAACACUCACCACGGAUACAAAAGGUUCACUUGAAUAAAUAUCUUUUUCCACUCUGCCCUGGUCUUUAUUGAGCGUUGUCAUUAGAUUUUAAGCAGAAAAAUCAAAUUGAACAUGAAGCGAUCUCCCACGAUCAUGUUGUGUUUUCUAUGUCCAGCAGAUGGUGCUCGACAUCAUCAACAACAAUUCGUUGGUUCCGCAGUCGAAACACGGUGUAAAUGUAAUGAUGGGUGGUUCCAACU